CCACGUGACCUUGCAGACGACCUCUAAUUUGCCAUUGCCAUCUUACGAUCCGUCACUGACCCGAUUGACGAAAAAGUGAUACCCUUGGCCAUUGAGAAGAAUUAGGGUUUAAAUUCGAAUUACAUAUCCGCGGGUAAAUCUUUACACAUUGAACUGUUGAAAAUUACCAACAUCGUAGAGAUGUUACGCACCACAACGAGCCUCCGAUCCGAUCUGGUGCGCGUCACGUUCCGAAAUGUUGUACGGACGAAUGUCGUACGAUGUUUGGCAGUCGAAUGUAUUCACAGAAAACAUCUGCAAAGGCCUCAGUUAUGUCACAGUCCUCGUGCAGUGACAGCAUGGGCACAGCAGUUGAGGUUCUACGCAGAUUAUCCGGAUCACGUGUCUGUUAUGCUACCCGCUCUCUCACCUACCAUGGAAACUGGGUCUAUAGUUAGUUGGCAUAAGAAAGAAGGUGACAAGCUGAACGAAGGUGAUCUCUUGGCUGAAAUUGAAACUGAUAAAGCUACAAUGGGGUUUGAAACUCCGGAGGAAGGCUACCUGGCAAAAAUAAUCGUACCUGCUGGUACUAAAAAUGUUCCGAUUGGCCAACUCGUUUGUAUCAUUGUUUCCGAUGAAGCAAGCGUUGCAGCUUUCAAAAACUAUAAGGCUGAUGGAGCAACAGCUGCUCCAGCAGCAUCAGCUUCGCCUCCGGUCCCAGCCGCUCCGGCUCCAACUGCCCCGGCAGCGGCUGCUCCAGCUCCGACUCCAGCUCCAGCUGCUGCAGCGGCCCCUGCAUCUGUCUCUGGUGACAGGGUCCUCGCAAGUCCGUUAGCUAGGCGGCUUGCAGGCGAAAAAGGACUCAGUUUGCAAGGUCUUAAGGGUUCAGGGUUAUACGCUUCAGUGACUUCCAAAGACCUUGCAGGUGCUUCUGCUGCAGCUCCCUCUCCCUCUGUUGGCGCGCCAACGUCAGCACCUGCAGCUGAAGGUGUAUACACAGAUAUUCCAGUGUCAAAUAUCCGAGGGGUAAUAGCAAAACGAUUGCUUGAAAGCAAACAGAAUAUUCCACACUAUUAUUUGACAGUUGACAUUAAGAUGGAUGCUGCUUUACAAAUGAGGGAACAAUUCAACAAGAUGCUAGAAAAAGAACAAGUAAAACUUAGCGUAAAUGACAUCAUUAUCAAAGGCAUUGCAAUGGCGUCGAAAAAAGUUCCUGAAGGCAACACUGCUUGGCUCGGGGAUGUCAUUAGACAAUAUCACAAUGUGGAUGUAAGCGUCGCUGUAAGUACAGACAAUGGUCUUAUUACUCCGAUUGUAUUCGCAGCUGACACAAAGGGUAUUGUACAAAUCAGUAAAGAAGUGAAAGCCUUGGCAGCCAAGGCGAGAGAUGGGAAGCUGCAGCCUAACGAGUUCCAAGGUGGAACGAUUACUGUAUCAAACCUAGGAAUGUUCGGUAUUAAAACUUUCUCCGCAAUCAUAAAUCCACCACAGUCAAUCAUUCUGGCUAUUGGUACGACCGAAUCUCGACUGAUUCCAGCGAAAAAUGAAAAAGGAUUCGAAACAGCAAACUUCAUGAGCGUUACAGCUAGCUGUGAUCAUCGCACUGUGGAUGGAGCAGUUGGGGCUCAAUGGCUCACAGCAUUCAAAAGUUUCAUGGAAAAUCCAACGACGAUGCUCCUAUAAGGAUUUAAUGUGCUGAAAAAUUUCAGUCGUGAAUUCUAUAGGCCUACUUUAGAUCAUGCAUGGGAACCAUCAUGGGGUAUGCGACAAGGGGAUUGUCCAAUGUACAUUUUUUGUGGAUAAUAACAUUUAAUUGAUUUUACGGAUCACUUGAGUAGCGCCAAUUUUAUAACAUAAUUUUCCAGCUUGCAACACUGUAGACUACUUUGCGUGUAAAAUAUGUUUGCUUCGCGAUAAGUAUAUAUGUUACAUACGUAUGUAUGUACCUUUACGUAGAUUUGAAAAUGUACAAAAGAAUACACAAACUGAUUUAUAUUCCCCUUAAUUUUACUCGUUAAACUGUUGAACACGUCUACAAACGUAUGUAUAGUGCGAUGAAAAUAUUGUUUCCUAUUAUUUAUAUAGAUCAAACCAGUUUAGUAUCGUCAUAAAUUAUACAGAAUAAACAUGUACAUACUUGACGUUGCCAAUCUUUUUGCCCAGCUAAAAUAAGAUAUAUGUUGGCAUCGCAAAGAUAACGUGUAAAACAUUACAACCUGAAUAGAUGAAGAUUAAUGCUACUGUGCAAAGUAAAUAGUUAGUUAAGUAAUCUAAGUAUUUAAUAAAUUAUACAAUAUCAAUA